AUGAAUUCUAGUCUUACCAACUACAAUCAACUUCAACUCCCCACGAAAAUUUUCCAUUUCAAAACCAAUGGAAAUGAUGUGAAAUAUCAAUUGUCUUAUGGUUUUGCAGACUUGUUAUCCACUAAUUUUUCUGGAUUAAUGACCACAAAAAGCUUUCCGACUGGUUAUUACACUCAGUAUUCGUUAAUUGGUGCCGGCAAUUUUAAUAAUGAUAAUUUGACAUUGUUCAUGAUGUUUCGAUUCGACUCAACCCAAAAUUAUCAAGUGAAUGUAACACUGACAGAUUUGGAUAAUCCGUAUUUUAUUCCAAUUUUGUUUCCAAUGAAUUCUUCGAAAGAUUUCAUUAUCCAAUCUACAAGCCCAUUCCACCAAAUCCGAAUCGCCUCCCAUGGACCAUAUACUGCUCAAUUUCGAAUCCAAAAUUUGGAUCCCAAAUCUACAACUGGGGCUUCAAGUACAACUACAGUAAUCCCUAGCACUAGUACUGUAGCAACAACUACAAAAAGUUCUGGAACAUUUAGGACGUCCUUGGUUUUGUUUGUGGCUUUUCUGUUGAGAUUUUUGUGA